AUGGAUCUGCUGAGUGCCUGCAGCCACCCAUGCUGGUUCCUGCUCACACUGCUUCUGGGGCUGCUCCUCUGGGCACAGAGGAGACAAUGCUGGGACCCCCGCAGGUGUUCCACUGACCUGACUGGCAAGACAGUGAUCGUUACCGGAGCCAACAGCGGGAUUGGCAAAUGUGUGGCCAUGGACCUGGCCCGCAGGAACGCUCGCACCAUCCUGGCAUGCCGGAGCCAGGAGCGGGGCCAGGCGGCGGUGGAGGAGAUCCGGGCGGCGACGGGCAACCCCUCAGUGCUGCUGCGGCUGCUGGACACCAGCUCGCUGGCCUCGGUGCGAGCCUUCGCCCAGUCUGUGCUGCGGGAAGAGACGCGGCUGGACGUGCUGGUGAAUAACGCCGGCGUCACCGGGCUGCCUUUCGCUGUCACGCCGGAGGGCCUGGAGAUGACCUUCGCCACCAACUACCUGGGCCCCUUCCUGCUCACCAACCUGCUGCUGGACCUGCUGAAGGCUUCGGCGCCUGCCCGUGUGGUCAAUGUCUCGUCGCUGCGGCACAGCGCAGGCACCGCUGACGGCCGGUACCUUACCGGGCAGCAGCGGCCCGGGGCCUACGACGCUGCCUACAACAGCACCAAGCUGAUGAACGUCCUCUUCAGUGCCGAGCUGUCCCGGCGGCUGCAAGGCACAGGGGUGACCAGCAAUGCACUAAGUCCUGGCGUGGUGAACACCAGCAUCAUGCGUCACUUCGGCUGGGCCAUGCGCACCCUCUUCUUCCUCAUCCGCCCCUUCCUCAAGUCGCCAGAGCAGGGGGCCAUCAGCACCAUCUACUGCGCUGUGGCAGAGGAGGCGUCGGGCAUCACGGGCAAGUACUUCAAGAGCGACUGUGGGCUGGCACUGCCCGCCCCAGCUGGUCGUGACGCUGGGCUGGCUCGCAAGCUCUGGGAGGAGUCGGAGAGGCUGACAGGGCUUGAGGACAGACCCCAGCACUGA